AUGUCCAAUGCAACCACCGAGUCGAGACGGGCUGAAGGCGUCGCAGACUGCCCUCCCAACCUGUCCAGGGCACCCGCGAUCAUCACCAGACCUGUGCGAGUCCGUGCCGUGGAUCCUCGUCAGCCCUCCAGCCGUGGCAUUGGCCUCGCCGUCACGCGCCACCUGCUGCGCACGACGACCUUGCCCAUCCUCGCAACUACACGCAACCCAGACCCCAGCGCGGCAAAGUCGUCGCUCAUAGACUCGCUCGGCCGAGACGGCAUUGACGACGCCGCGCGCCUGCACGUCCUCCCGCUCGACGUGACCGACGAGGCCAGCAUCCAGGCCGCCUCAGAGCGAGCCGCAGAGCUCUUCCCCCCAAAGACACACCACCUGCACCUGGGCCUCGCGAUGCCCGGCAUCCUCCACCCCGAGAAGAGCCCCAAGCAGGUCGACUAUGCCGGUGCUCUCGAGACCCUCAAGGUCAACACUCUGGGGCCAUUGAUGCUGCUCAAGUGGUUCGGCGAGUUCCUCCCGCGCAAGGGCACCGACAUGUCCGAGGUUGCUGCUACCACGGCGAGCAGCGCCUCUGCACACCACGCCACGUUCCUCCUCAUGUCUGCCCGUGUCGGGAGCACGACGGACAACAGACUCGGCGGGUGGUACUCGUACCGCGCGUCCAAGGCCGGCGUCAUCAGCCUCGCCCGGACAUUCGACAACCACCUCCGCGUGCGCAGCGGAGACAAGGCCAUGGCCAUGGCAUACCACCCGGGCACCGUCAAGACCGAGUUCAGCCGCGAGUUCUGGGGCAACGUCAAGGAGGAGAAGCUCUUCAGCGCCGAGUUCGCCGCCGAGAAGCUCGUCGGCGUCGUGGGCGGGCGCGACGUGCAGAGCGACCGCGGCCGGUGCUGGGACUGGAAGGGCGAGGAGGUGAAGCCGUAGUAAGUGGUAGGUUGAUCGCAACAGCGUUGCGGAGUCCCUCCUGAAGGCUCUCUGCCCUCUGGCCUGCGGAGCUAAUGGCGGAACACCAUUGCUGGACGAGGCGAACUAUGGCAGGCGGCGGAGCACGGAUACUCGUCAUGGCGAAAUCUCGGAGAUUUCUUUCUUGUAACAAACCAGCAUGCUCGCCAAGGGCAGGUCAACCCCUUGAAGGACGGGAGAAACAAGCGAUUAGGGUCCGGCGGAGAACUCAGUCGACAGGCAUCGCGCAAAGGCUGCAGGAGAGAGAUGGCGACAGCUCCCAUGCAGCGCGGCACCUACACACAGAGCGCACCAAGAAUCACUGCCAGAUCGGAAAGGACACUACCAGGCGAGACCGCGCCGGCGACAAAGCCUCACAGGAGGACAACCAUUUCAGUCCUUGAUAUCUUCCACUCACG